AUGCUGAAGAGCAACAGUCUGCUGCUGUUCCUGUGCUUCCUGUUUGAGAAGAGUUCUCUGGCUCCUCUCCAUCCUGUGCACCCAGCUCACAACCAGAGCCAGCUGGGACUCAGUUGGCUCCAUAGAUCCAUUUCUACAGCAAGCAACAGAGAAGAGAAUGGAAUCUUUCAGAGGGUUAAGAGGGGAUGGGUAUGGAACCAGUUCUUUGUCCUGGAAGAGUACAUGGGAUCUGACCCACAGUAUGUUGGCAAGCUGCACACAGAUCUGGACAAAGGACACAGUGAAGUGAAAUAUACUCUCUCAGGAGAAGGGGCCGGCACCAUCUUCACCAUUGAUCAGACAACUGGAGAUAUUCAUGCCUUACGCAGCUUGGACAGGGAGGAAAAGCCUUAUUACACACUCCGAGCACAGGCUGUGGACAUCAACACCAACAGGCCCCUGGAGCAUGAAUCUGAGUUCAUCAUCAAGGUUCAGGAUAUCAAUGACAAUGAGCCAAAAUUUCUGGAGGGCCCUUAUAGAGCUAGCGUCCCUGAGAUGUCGCCUGUGGGAACUUAUGUGACAAAAAUAACAGCAACAGAUGCAGACGAUCCCACUUAUGGCAAUAGUGCAAAAGUUGUGUAUAGCAUUCUGCACGGUCAGCCAUACUUCUCUGUAGAGCCUGAAACAGGAGUUAUUAGAACUGCUUUACCUAAAAUGGAUCGUGAAGUAAAGGAACUUUAUCAGGUUCUUAUCCAGGCCAAAGACAUGGGGGGCCAACUUGGAGGGCUGGCAGGAACUGCAACCAUCAACGUUACUCUUAGUGAUGUCAACGACAACCCACCCAGAUUUUCCAAAAAUACAUUCCACUUGCGAGUGCCUGAGUCAUCAGCAGUGGGCUCUGCUGUGGGCCGAAUCAAAGCCCAUGACCUGGAUAUUGGCAAGAACGCUGAGGUGGAGUAUAGCAUUGUCCCUGGAGAUGGAGGAACAAUGUUUGACAUCAUGACCAAUGAGAACAACCAGGAAGGCAUCAUUAUUCUUAGACAGCCUCUGGACUAUGAGACAAAAAAGGCCUAUACCUUUACAGUUGAAGCAUCAAAUCCACACUUAGACCCACGGUUUCACAAUUUUGGUCCAUUUAAGGACACUGCAACUGUCAAAAUUAAUGUUAUGGAUGUGGAUGAGCCUCCUGUCUUCAGUAAACCAUCCUACACAAUGGAUGUUUAUGAGGAUACACCAGCAGGCACCAUUAUUGGAGCUGUGACUGCUCAGGAUUUGGAUGCAGGAGGCAGUAUGGUCAGGUAUUCUAUUGACUGGAAAAGUGAGCUAGAUAGCUUCUUUGAAAUUGACCCUGUAAUAGGAACCAUCUCCACUAAUGAGCUUCUGGACAGGGAGAGGAGAGUUCAAAGCAACAUUUCUGUUGUGGCAACCAAAGUUAAUAACCCAGUCCUAACCAGCAAAGUUGUAGUCACAAUUCAUGUUUUAGAUGUUAAUGAGUUUCCUCCAGAGUUGGCUAUACCUUAUGAGACCUAUGUGUGUGAAGGUGCAAAAGUGGGACAGGUGAUUCAGAUCUUCAGUGCAAAAGAUGAGGAUAUUCCUAUGACAGAGCACACUUUCUCCUUCAGAUCACCACAGGAAAAGAUCAAGAUCAAGAACUUUACCAUCAAAGAUUUUGGAAACAACACUGCAGGCAUUAUAACCCUGCGUGGUGGCUUUUGGCGGCAUAUUCAGGAGCUCUACCACCUUCCAGUAGUCGUUAAGGACAGUGGUUACCCAGUACAGAGCAGCACCAGCACCCUGACCAUCCGUGUGUGUGGCUGUGAUUCUAAUGGAUCCCUGCUGACCUGCAAUGCAGAAGCCAUAUUCCUCCCUGUGGGUCUCAGCACCGGAGCACUUAUAGCAAUUCUUCUUUGUAUUGUAAUACUGCUAGUGAUUGUAGUGCUCUACAUGGGAGUCCAACGACAGAAGAAAAAGGAAACACUAAUGACCUCCAAAGAAGACAUUAGAGAUAACGUUAUCCACUAUGAUGAUGAAGGCGGAGGCGAGGAAGACACACAUGCCUUCGACAUAAGCACUCUCCGGAACCCUAAAGCCAUCAAGGACAAACUUUAUCGGAGGGAUGUUAAACCAGAGGCUGCCUCUGUUCCUCAGCCAUUAGCAGCCUCACAGAACAGUGAAGACCUUCAGAAGUUCAUCAGUCAGAGACUGCAAGCACAUAACAGUGAUAGCUCUGCACCACCCUAUGACUCACUUGCUACCUAUGCUUAUGAAGGUGAGGGAUCGGUGGCCGAAAGCCUGAGCUCCAUUGGAUCAUUAAAUGGUGAAACAGAAGAGUAUUAUAAUUGUCUAAAUGAGUGGGGGCCUCAUUUUAAAACCCUUGCAGGGAUCUUUGGGGAACAUGCACAAAGCCAGACUGACAUCUACUCCACAAGCACCACAGAAAACAAACAUUGA